GAAAAGCUGAUAACGAUUCUUGGCUGAGAAAAAUCUGUUUUUGUAAUUCAAAAGCAGGAUAUUUCCAACCAUAAGGCGUAUUCCAAAAAAGAUCUACCUCAAAAGUGAUUGAUAGGACAAUAAGUAGGAUACCCAGUGCUAGGAUGUUGUGCAAUGCUGGAUUAUUAAGACUUUUACAAAGAGGGCGCGAAGGAGUACGCAGGUUUGCCAGCUCACCAGGUGCCACUCCGAAACGGAUAUGCAUUGUGGGUGCAGGACCGGCCGGAUUCUAUGCGGCCCAGUAUAUUUUAAAACACUUGGAAAACUCCCAAGUUGAUAUCAUCGAAAAGCUGCCGGUUCCGUUCGGGCUAGUGAGAUUCGGCGUAGCACCUGAUCAUCCGGAGGUGAAGAAUGUAAUCAAUACUUUUACAAAAACAGCGCAAAAUCCUAGGGUUCGUUUCCUGGGUAAUCUGAGUUUGGGAAGUGAUUUUACGCUGGAUGAACUCAGGGAAAGGUAUCAUGCUGUUCUGUUGACAUACGGGGCGGAUAAAGAUAGGAAACUAAACAUUCCAAACGAAACACUGACGAAUGUCCUGUCGGCUCGUGAAUUCGUUGCCUGGUACAAUGGUCUUCCUGGGUUUGAACGUUUGAAUCCGGAUCUCAGCGGCAGCACGUUAACUCUGCUAGGUCAGGGCAACGUGGCAAUUGAUGUAGCUCGAAUAGUACUUUCCGGUGCAGAUCUGCUGAAGAAAACCGAUAUUACCGAAUACGCUCUGGAGGCCCUCUCGCGAAGCAAUAUCAAGAAGGUUCUGCUUGUGGGCCGACGUGGUCCCCUACAGGCUGCUUUCACCAUUAAAGAGCUGCGAGAAAUGCUCAAACUGUCUAACAGUGCGACGACAUGGCGGUCAAAAGACCUUCAAGAUGUAGAAGAAGUUCUGCCAAGCUUACCGCGACCUCGUAAGCGAAUCACAGAACUGAUGCUAAAAAGCCUUUCGGAACAAACCAACCAGGAGCAGGAUUCGACCUGCAGCAACAAAUUUCAACCGAUAUUUUUCCGUUCCCCAGUGAAUUUCAUUGGAACGAACCGCGUCGAAGCGAUUGAAUACGUCGUCAACCAAUUAGUCGACAAUAGAGCCGUCCCAACCGACGAAAAGGAAGUUAUCCCUACGGAUCUAGUAUGUCGCAGUAUUGGCUACAAAUCGGUCAACAUGGACGGUACCUUAAACUUUGACGAACGCAAAGGAUGCGUCUGGAAUGCGGCGGGUCGUGUUCUGAAGAAAAAUCUCACCGGAAGUGAUCAAACGAUCGACGAUAUCGAGGACAAGUACGAGAACGGACUGUACGCCUCGGGUUGGUUGGCAACGGGUCCAACGGGAGUUAUAUUGACGACGAUGAACAAUUCGUUCGGAGUGGCGGAUUUGAUCUGUAGGGAUUUCAAAAACGAUGUCAUUCGAGUCAAGGAAGCCAAGCCGGGGUUGGAUUUGAGCGGAAAACGAGUGGUCACCUGGGACGGUUGGAAUGCGAUCGAUGCCGAGGAAUGCCGUAGGGGGCAAGCGAAGGGCAAGCCACGGGAAAAGAUUGUCCACGUGGACGAGAUGUUGAGAAUAGCCGACGGGAAGUGAGGCAUGUAAUUGGUUGCGUAUGGCGUCGUAUUUGGUAAGUAAUCAAAUGUAUAGUUUAUUAUUGGUUAUUGGCUAUGGCUCAAAUUUCAACACGCUGGCG